AUGCAAAAACAAGACGAUAUUAUAUUUGACUGGUUUUCUUGGCACCACGUUUCCGGUGGAGAAGUAAUUAAUCCCUCCCGGCAAAGAAGCCCUAGCCCACCUAUAAGUAGCGGGUUCAGGAGUUCAAGUUGGUCAAGAUUCGAUGAAUCACCAACGGAUUUCACCCGACCUGCGGAGUAUCGCACGCCUAAUCAACGGCCAGCGAGACGCGGUAGUGUAAAUGAAACGAAUUUGGUGAAUUUCUCGGCGGAGCUGUCUACACUUAAUCAGUUGGAUUCUAAAGAUGGUCUGCUGAGUUUUCCAUUCGAUCAUAUCUACGCUUGCCAUUCUCAAAGUGCAGAGAGAAGACAGCCUCUUCAACUUGAAAAGGAAGUUGAGAUUUCAACAUAUUGUGUGACAGUAGAUGAUAAAAAUCUUCCAAGUUCUACUCCUGAGAUAUCAAAAUUAUCAGACCAGCUAUCAGUAGCUGUAAGUCAAAACAAAAAACUUAAAGAUCUUCUCAUCUACCACUUGGAUCUAAUACAACAACAAAACGAACUUAUUACAAAAAGGGACAAACUUUAUCAAGCAUUGAAACAAGAAAAUGAUACACUUAAGGCAAAGCUGAUACGAAUGGAUAGGAGAGUGGGAAUCAGUCAGCGUCACACCAAUCCUCUGCACGCACCAACUUCGACAAUCACGUCGAGUGUGGCUAAAAGUGAACAGGGAAAAUCACAGAUUAUGUUAAAUAGUUUUACUGAGCUCCUUUUGCCAGAUAAGGGAAAUACAUUUCUUUUUGAUAAAAAUAAACCUUUUGGACAGGAAACAUUUGGGAUAGCAAGAGCUAAUCCAGAGGCGGUAGUUGCAGACUUCAGUUCAGGAGAUAUAAAAGUACCUCCGACAUUGGACAAAAAGUUAAAUAGCGAUAAUUUCAAAAUGAUUGAAAGUAAGCGGUCGACCAACAAAAAGGAGACGAAGACGGAAACCCGUCCAGAUCCGCUGUACACGGUGACGUCGAAUAGUGGAACUCCAAUAAUCCAAAGAAUACAACGGAAUAGACGCCGGACAUCGGGCAUCGGCAGUCUCAGCCGCAUGUCCAGAACACCAAAGACUGAAGUACCAGAAACUAGUACCAGUACAAGCAAAAGCAAAAUUGGGGACACUGACCCGUGUUACGAUAAACAGUACAGCCUCAAUAAGAAGUCGAAAAUGAUAAAUACAUACAGCAAAUCCAGAUCGACUAUACCAAAAAGGACAACCCAGUUCACUGGGUCUCUGUCAGACAGAUUGCAGCUUAUAGAUACUACACCGACCGGGGAAGAUCCCUACCAACUGGGCGAGGCUGAUAUGAGAGAACAAUCGCCUAUACCAAAACUAAUGCUCCAAAAAACUAACCACGGAAGGAUGAAAAUAAGAUCAGACUCCAUGGGCGAGUCUUCAAGAAUCUUCGACAUACCCGAUACUAAGACAAAGAUCAAUAGGUUCAUGUCCGCCUACGAAAACGCAAAGAAGGAACCAGAAAAAACUCUAAUUAUAGCGGAACCGGAUUUGGAUAUGGUCAAAACGGAACCGGAAAUAGAUUGGAGGCUGUACGAGAAAUCGGAAACUAAGACUAGUCUAUGUGAAUUCUCUUAUGGAGAAGGUUCGAAUGAUCUUGGCUCCCUGUUACCGUCUCUGGAUGCGAAUGAGUUUCAAGAGCUCUUCACAUCAGAUGCAGCAUUGAAUUUGGAUAAUUUAAAUCAACUAGAUUAUCCUACUGAGAAAAUGGUCCCCGAUAAAACUAAAAGGCGGAAUAAUCGGACGACAAGUUUGAUUAGUCCAGUCGAGGAAGAGGCAGUAGAAACAAAGCGCGGCACUGAAAGUCGGCGUGGACGUAAACGGGCUUUUUCCACGACCGGCCUCGGCAAGCAAACUCCGAAAGCACCAGCGAAACCAAAAAAUGUUAGAGGAAAGGCCGCUGCUCGAGGGAAGAAGUCCCCAGUGCCCGGAUUGAUAACGGAUAAGCCUUACCCCACACUGGUCGGAGAUCCAGAUCUGUCUUGGUAUUUGGGUCUAGACCCAGAAUUAAAGCUAGAAGAUGUCGACCCACCGGCAGAUAGCCAAGCUUCUACGGUUGAGGUUCCAAGAUGGCGUGAAAAGCCAUAUACGAGUUGCUACACACUAGAAGGAACUGAAAACGUCGACGAUAAGGUUUUUGAGAAAAGGCACCAGAAACUCGAGGCCGAAGAAAGGCGGCAGUUACGGUGGCACAUGCGUCGCAUUAGGGAGCAACGCCACGUAGAACGUCUUCGUCAACGCCAAAGAGAUUCCUGGUGCAGUACAGUGAACACACCCCCAGUGUACUCGGUGUGGCCCCGACCCCAGCAGGACGCUAAGUUCAUAGAGAUAACAGACGAUCUACCGGUCACUGCCUUCGGGGAACCCCUGCCACAGCUACCAGAGAAUGACUUCAUGCUCCCUUGGGUGAGGACAUCAAAAGCCCAGAAACGAUCGAAAAGGUCUAAGACAUUGCAU